UCCAGCUUGGGAGAUGUUCAUGCUUGUGCUGUGUCCGCGUCUUUCUUUUCCCCAACGCAGUUAUUAAGCCAAAACCAACGCUCCCGGUGUUCUACUACGCUCCCAUUGACUAGCUGGCGUUGUCUCACUCAUAGGCGAUCGGCGCAGAGACAGUGACCUUCCAAGGUGAUGUUGACUUCCAGACUUGGAAAGCGCUCAACGCCUUGUGGAACGCCCCUCGGAAUAACAAGGCGUGGUUUUGGCUUGACUAUGUUGGGGGGAAAAGAAAGGCGCCCUACGCCUCAUCUGUAGUGUCAGCUUGGCAGCACAGAAGCAAAGAUGAGCCAAGAAAUGAAGAACGAGGCAAGCCAACUGAAUGGGACCCCGGCCUCUGGUUCCGCUCAGACAAAAAAGCGUGAGGACUACCUGGAGUGGCCUGAAUAUUUCAUGGCUGUAGCUUUCCUGUCAGCUCAGAGAAGCAAGGAUCCCAGCUCACAGGUUGGAGCAUGUAUUGUUAACCGGGAGAAUAAGAUAGUGGGCAUCGGCUACAACGGCAUGCCCAACGGCUGUGAUGAUGACCUGCUGCCCUGGUCCUGCUCUGCCAACGACAGACUGGAUACCAAAUAUCCCUACGAUGGGAGUAUACUGGGCAACGCAUUGUGCAUAGCUGUGACGCAGAUAUGCCCAAGUCUUCUCGUGCUGUUAGCAAAGCUAGUGUGCCAUGCGGAGCUGAAUGCGAUCAUGAAUAAGAACUCAGCGGACGUGAAGGGCUGUUCCAUGUACGUGGCUCUGUUCCCCUGCAACGAGUGUGCCAAGCUCAUCAUCCAAGCAGGUAUAAAGGACGUGAUUUAUUUGUCAGACAAGUACCACGACAUCCCUGAAAUGACUGCCUCCAGACGGCUGCUUAACUUGGCAGGGAUCCAAUACAAACGCGUGACGAUGCAGAGUGAUGGGACGAGGAAAAGCUAUCAGAGAAACUUGGACGGAUGAUCAAUGUCAACAGUUUGUUAAAGGGAAGACUGCAGCCAUUUUGUAUGGAAAGCGAUGUGACGUACUAGUUUGUUUAUCCUGUGCUACAUCAUGAAUAGCUAAAAUAACCGGCUGCAGUUGGAAGAGGAAACAUGUAUGUACAUUUACUAUUUGACUAUCCAAUUCAGAAUAUGUUAGUGAUUUAAUUGCGACAAACUACGCUUUACAGAUGCUGCACGGACUGAGAGUACGUGAUACGGUCACCGUUAGCUACAGUCCAUGAUGUGGCUAAUUCACACUGUCACCUGCCAGAGGCUAGAUGAGUGAUGCUGAAAAUACCCGGAGAGUCCGUGCUGUGAUGUUGGUAUGAAAGGCAUCUACAUGAGGUGCCAGUGCCAAUCCAGCAUGAAUGUGCAUCAUGGGUGGAAUUCAUACGUGAAUGGGACGGGAUUCCGUUUUCUCAUGACACGUAUUCUGACCUUGGAUUUAAGCAUGAGAAUAGCAUGCUAUACACCCACUAUUCAUUUGGGGUGGAUGUCAAAGAUAUUGUAUGAUUUUGUGGCAGAGGUGUGUCUACAGAUACGCGCUAUUCUGACCUUGACUUGAUUCCAUAAUCAAUUCUACCACCUUUACGCACAACGACAUUAUGAAUAAGGUCAAGAAACCUGUCAGUUCCUAGUGAAACAACAUCUACUUCAUAUUCCCCAAUAGAAAUAGCACCAUUCUCCAUGCACUGUUACUGAUUUAUCGAUAAGAGCUAGGUAAAUGAGUAAGCCUUUUGGAUAAGGGGAUUGUAAAUAUAAACGACGGUUGUUGAAGAUCUAUUUUACCUUAUGAUCACUGGAGAAAAAUGUAAAACCAGUCACAUGGCAGCAAACUGAAGCAUAUCAACAUAUCACCUUUUCCACAGUGACUUAAGGAAAUGCUGGCCCUAUAACUUGCACGGAUGACAUUUGGAAUCCCAAGCUGUAGGCUUCUGUUCAGAUGACAGUAUAGUGCCAAACCUACAGAGUUGAUUUACGAUUUCCAGACUGUUUUACUUAUGUGCCAGGACUCUUUACUGUAUAUUUUACAAUUUGUACUGUGUUAAAUAUUAGCCACUAUCUGUAGCCACCGUCAGUUUUUCCACACAUACAUGUAUAACUGUCACUUUAGUUUCCUUACAUUUUGUAUCAGUCCAUUACAUACAUUUGAUGUCGGAAGCCUACAUACACUUAGGUUGGAAUCAUUAAAACUCGUUUUUCAACCGCUCCACAAAUUUCUAGUUAACAGACUAUGGUUUUGGCAAGUCGGUUAGGACAUCUACUUUGUGCAUGACAAAUAAUUUUUCCAACAAUUGUUUACAUACAGAUUAUUUCACUGUAUCACAAUUCCAGUGGGUCAGAAGUUUACAUGCACUAAAUUGACUGUGCCUUUAAACAGCUUGGAAAAUUCCAGAAAAUGAUGUCAUGGCUUGAGAAGCUUCUGUUAGGCUUAUUGACAUCAUUUGAAUCAAUUGGAGGUGAACCUGUGGAUGUAUUUCAAGGCCUACCUUCAAACUCAGUGCCUCUUUGCUUGACAUCAUGGGAAAAUCAAAAGAAAUCAGCCAAGACUUCAGAAGAAAAUUGUAGACCUCCACAAGUCUGGUUCAUCCUUGGGAGCAAUUUCCAAAUGCCUGAAGGUACCACGUUCAUCUGUACAAACAAUAGUACGCAAGAAUAAACACCAUGGGCCCACGCAGC